AUGAAUCCCGGUGCAGGAGGCCCCGUGGGGGGUGUCCCGAUGAUGAACAACGGUUCUGCGGCCCCCCGUAAUGAUCCUAACAUCAACAACAUACCUGAAACGAUGAUCAACAACUUGAACACUUAUAUCUACGAUUACUUCCUGAAGCGCGGGUACCAUGAAUGUGCUAGGGCGCUUGUGAAGGACGAUUCUAUUAAACUUAAUACCGAGCCACCUAUAAAGACGAGUCCGGGUCACCGUCGCGACGCUGACGUGAAUGGUGUUGAUGGUGAUGCGAUGAUGACGGAUGGAAAGGAUGGCGACAGACUCAAGAUCCCAGAUGAUCUCCCUCGCCCAAACCUCACUAGUGAAGGACAGCAGUCCUCCUUCCUCCUUGACUGGUUCAGCCUAUUUUGGGAUUUCUUCUGGGCCCAGCGCAAGAAAGGGAACAGUGCUGACGUAAGGCAAUACCUCUCACACACUCAGAAUAUAAUGCGCCUCAGAGAACAACAUCAAAGUCAAUUAUUACGGCAACAGCCGCUGAUGCCUGGACAGAUGGGUCAAAUGAAUAUGCGCCGGCCCGGCUUGGUGCCCCCUAAUCUUCAGAAGACCGUUCUGCAGAACAACACCUCUGGCCUGUCCCAGCAACAACUAGCUCAGCUCCAUAAAAACCAGCAGGCUCAGAUGAUGCAGAUGCAGCGAGAACAAUCGGAAAUCGAUAUGAACGGCCAUCGACCUCAAUCUCCAGCAUCCGCGGAGAAUGCUCCGUCCCCGUCGAAACGGCCUCGCCUCGAAGGUGGCCCCAUGAACGGUCAGCAGCUGGCACCCAACGGACGCGGUCAGCCCCAGGGUAUGCCCGGCCAGCCGGCCCCGCCAACGCUUUUGAUGGGGAACGGGAUCACUCGGACGAUGAACCCCAGUCAGUAUCAGACUUUCUCGCAGUCGGGACCUGCUGCGCAGCAGAAACAAAUGCAGGUAUAUGCUCAGAACUUGGCCAUUCAUCACACACGCUCAGCAUUGACAAACCAGGGCAUGCCGAAUGGUAUGAUGAAUCCCGGUGUCAUGCCGAACCCGACGGACAUGGUGCCCAUGCCAGAUGGCCAGGUGUAUCCCAUGAACGGCGACUACUAUGGCUCGAAUGGUCAAAUGGCCCAGGUUCGGACGGGGAUGCAGACACCUGGCGGUCAGCACGGUAACCAUGCUCUCCAAGAUUAUCAGAUGCAACUUAUGCUGCUUGAACAGCAGAAUAAGCGGCGCUUGAUGAUGGCUCGUCAGGAGCAGGACAGCAUGGCCCGGCCUGACGGCCAGCCCCCAAUGCCUGGGCAGCAGCAGUUGCCACCAGGCACCUCGCCCCAAGGCAGCAGGGCGGGCACAUCGCCGAAUCCCAACGACCAAAUGAAGAGGGGCACCCCGAAGAUGCCCUCGACCGGACUUCCCGGCUCCCCAAGCGCUGCCGACGCCAUGGCCCAGAGUCGCGGAUCCCCGGCAUCCAUGAAUUUCGCUGGUGGUCAGAUGCCCCCCGAAAUGGCUGGCCCCCAGUUCUUCGUGAAGGGCAUGCCUGAGGGUAUGCCCGGCCCCAACGGAAUGCGACCUCCAAGCUCCAACCCCGCGUUCAGCGCUCCCCAGAUGGGCCAACCGAUCCCUGCCGGUGCUGGAAACCGGGUGCCGACUGGAGGCUGGCAACCGCAGCCGGGCGCUCAGGGUCAGCCUAUGGCACCGCAACAAUCGCCCGUACCCCAACCGCAGACCACUGGAACCCCCCAGGAGAGGAACGCGAUGCCGCCCCCCCAGGCCCCACCGGCGGCUGGUGCCAACGUUGGUCGGACUCAGCCCCCAUCUCCCCAAGCGGGAGCUGCUCCGCCGACCCCCCAGCAGGCCAACAAGCCGGCCCCGAAGUCCAAGAAGGAUUCUAAGGACAACCGGAAGCGACCUUCGAAGAAGGCGACGAGCGCCGCCGCCGCCGCCGCCGCGGCGACGGCGAACACGGCAGCCACGCCCUCUUCCGAAGCAGAGCAUCCGCCUACCCCGACUCCCUCGACUCCGAUCACCCCCCAGCAUCCGAACUCGUUCAACAAGGCCGGUGCAAAUGCUACAACUAGUGCUCCGCAGCAGCCGACGUCAGCUCCCGCACCGCCGCCUCUUGUCCAGCAGCCGCCUGAUCAGACUCAGCAACCAUUCGGCGACAUGACCAUCCCUGAUGCAUCUGCUUUCAACCUCGAUUUCAGCGCACUAGAAAACCCGGAUAUCCUGGAGAACUUCGACUUCGAUACAUUCCUCAACACGGAUGCAGAUACCGCUGGGUUUGGAUUCGACCCCAACAUAUCGUAUCCUACCGAUGGUGUUGAGACCGGUGCCGGUGACGGCUUGUGA